GGCGGCAGGCCGCGUGGGUGGCUGCUUUAAUUCGCGCUCGCCCGGCGCCGGACGGAGCAGUCCACGGCUGGCCGGUGUCGGUGCGGCUGAGAGACGGAUACCGAGACGCCCCGUCCCGGGGCUCGUCGGAUGGAAGAGCAGGGCGUCCUAGAUGGACUCCGGUCCCGCGUGAGGCGGGCUCCACGCGGCUUCGGCGCCGCCUUGCCCACGGCUGUGCUCUGCGUCUACGGCUUCUUCGCCAACUUGCGGCCCUCGGAGCCGUUCCUGACACCUUACCUCCUGGGACCGGACAAGAACCUCACCGAGACGCAGGUCUUCAAUGAAAUCUAUCCAGUAUGGACUUACUCGUAUUUGGUGCUCCUGUUUCCUGUCUUCCUGGCAACAGACUAUCUCAGAUACAAGCCUGUAAUUCUUCUACAAGGACUAAGCCUUAUAGUGACAUGGUUUAUGCUGCUCUAUGCCAAAGGACUGCUGGCUAUUCAGUUCCUGGAAUUUUUCUAUGGUCUGGUGACUGCAACAGAAAUUGCCUAUUAUUCCUACAUCUAUAGCGUUGUGGACCUAAACUUGUACCAAAAAGUCACAAGCUACUGUCGAAGUGCUACCCUUGUAGGUUACACUGUGGGCUCUAUCUGUGGACAAAUCUUGGUGUCAGUUGUUGGCUGGUCUCUGUUCAUGUUGAAUGUGGUGUCUCUCACCUCCGUAUCAGUUGCCUUUGCCGUGGCCUGGUUUCUGCCAAUGCCACAGAAAAGCCUUUUCUUUCACCACCACCACCACCAGGUCAGUAAGGAAAUGAAGGUUGUAGAAUGUAAAAAUGGAACAGUCACCCACGAUGACCCUGCCUUACAGAGGGUUCCUGGGUGGGAAGAUGUUGAAUCAAAGGUUCCUUUAAAUAUAGAAGAGCAUCCUGCAGAGCAUCAGGUAAGCAGUACUGUUGUUUCAGGGGAGGAAGGUAGUUACUUUUGUGCUCACAUUCUAACUUUCUGCUCUGUUUUUCUCCAAAGGUUUCAGAUUGCUACAAAUUUAAGUGUAGAGCGCUAUGCCCUCGUGUUUGGCAUCAAUACGUUCAUUGCCUUGGCACUGCAGACACUACUCACAUUGAUAGUUGUCGAUGCAAAAGGUCUUAAGCUUGACAUAUAUAGACAGUUCAUGAUCUAUGCUGGUUACUUUGCUGCCAUUUCUGCAGUGUUCUUGAUCAGUGGCAUGUGCAGUAUUAUCCGGGAUUACCGAAGGAGGGAGCAGAGGAGAAACAACGCUGCAGCAGAAAGUGCUUAACAUGCACAAUGUGGACCUGUUUAGCACCUAUGUUGGGCAAAGGAUGAUCUGCUGGUCCCUAUUUAUUAGUGUAUCCACGUAUUAAAAUGCUGUUAUUCAAGACUGUUACCUGGGUUGACAUACAUUUGUACUAUAUUAAUAACCUGUUAGAAACAGAAUCUAUUCAACUACAGCUUUCUUAAGAAUACUAUAUAAACCAAAAUGCUUCAAAUAAACUAUUUUGGUCUAAGGUCCCAUCUGUAGAAGGUUGGAAGCAUGCUGCAGGGAUGCUGAUUCCCCCUUUUGAGACAGACAGGCCAUACAUGAAGCUAUUGGAAACUGAAAAUUGCUUUUUACUUAGCCCAGGCGAUCCCAUUGCUGGUUGGUAGGCAGGCCGAUUUUCAAAGGAGUUUGAAGAAUUGGGGCAGCAGCCAAGAACUGGAACCAGUGGCAGUCUUCAAAUUGAACUGGUUGUGGUGGUAGAAGAACAAUACUCUGGGAGAGGCACACCAGUGAAUGCUAAAUACACUUCUCAUAGACAGACACAAGCUGUAGUAGACCUACCUUGUUUGCCUGUUCGGAGUGUCUAAAGCAGUGGUGGGGGCUGUCCGUCCCUGUAGAUGUUCUUAGACUGUAAUUCCUCUCUUCUAUAGCCAGUGGUGAAGGAUAAUGGGAGUUGUGGGUCAGCAACAUCAGGAGGGCCACAUGCUCCCCAUCCUGGUCUAAAGGUUUAUUUUUUGUUUGUCUCUACCUAUCAAGUAGGACUAGAUGGAUUGUCCUGCUGACUUCAUGAAAUGUCAGGUGUAUCUCUUAAUUCAUAGGUAUUUUAGGGCAUGGAGAGUGCAAGAAGCAAUGUAUAUUCAGAUUUGGUUUGUUCUGAGAAAGGUUAGACUUUCUUCAGCUCCUCCAAAGGAUCAGGGAACAUUGCUAGGGCCCCUAGACAGUAGCUGAGGGACCAGAGGGCUUUUGGAUUCCCAGCUCUGAGGUCACACACAGUAUGCUGACCUCUGAGCAGGGAAUUGGGGUUUCAGUUUCUUCCCCCUCACAGUGCUCUUUGAAGUAAGAAACUUGACCUCAGAGAGGGGGAAAAGUGGGUGUUUUGGAGGGAAGGGAGGGGAGGAAGCUGGAGAGGCUAACCUACAGCUCUUGUUUUUGCACCAUAGCACAAAUGCAUUUGCCAACAUUGGAUGGAAGUUGAUCUUUGUGAUAGUUUCCUCUGAUUCCUGCUGGAAAUUAAGUAGUGUGAUGCCUCUUAAAAUUUUGACCAUACUUAUUUAAGGCAAAAUAAUUGCAAUGAGAGGGCUGAAUAAAUUCAUAACAAGUAGGUCUUAGGCUUGCAGUAGUGCUCCUUGGCCUAGAUUCUAGGAAUGUUAACCUGCUCCCAUGGUGGGACCAUGUCAACAUUGCAGGUUUCUACAACAGUUGGGAAGCCUUUUAUGGCCUGGAAGCUUUGUUGGUUCCAGGCAGGAACACUGGGGGGUCUUUAACUGCAGUGUGAGGCACAGCUGCAGUCCAGAGCAUGCAUCUGUGUGCACACAUGUUUGUAAAUCAUUGCCAAUUGGGCGAUGCAGCAAAAUGCAUUUUGCAGCAAAAUGUUUGUGUCUAUGAGGCAAUUACCUGUGAACUGUGUGUGGCUUCCAAUAUGGAAAUACUUUCCAUGUAGGAGAAGAAUAGUGUAUGGAAAAACGUUUAUUAUAAGCCAUAUUAUAGCAAGCCGGUAAUCUGGUGCUCUUCUUGCUACAUAACAAAUGAAGAAAACAGGAAGAAUGGAGGGAUAUGCAAAAUGAGUGUAAGAAAGAAUUCUUGUGUAUGGUUGUGACAUUCCAUUCUGUUGCUGGGUUUGCCGUACUGAGCUUGCAAUCAUGUGUGAGCUUCACCUCUGACAUAACAGCUGAGCAUGCUACUGACACUCAGAUGCAGAAAGCUGGAAAAUAGACCUAUAUAUAAAUAUCAUUUUCAUUGAAUGCAAAUACUUUUCCAUAAGAAAAGCAUUGAAACAGCUAUUCUGUUAUGUAAAUUUACACACUUUCUUCACCACCUAAGGUUUUCUUACAUUUGUGUUUUUUGGUGAAAUUGAUCUUGUAAACAGAUAUAAAAGAUGCUGUACUCCCAGCUGUAAGAUCAGGGGAGUCUAAUCCAUCUUAGAUUUAGUCAUAAGAGCACCAUCAUCCUCCAUCUAAAUCACAUAUUGUGAUUUUUUUCAGGUUGCCUCAGAUUGAGGAGUUAGUAGCCCUUUCAAACAGAAAUGUGAAUACUGUAGCAGGAAAAUGUGAGAACCAUCACCAGCUUGAUGAAAGAAGGGUUGGGUAACCAAAAGAUGAAAGUGAAACUUUUAAUCUAGUAAUGAAGACUAUGUCUUGCCUUUGGGUCAAACUAGAUGUGAAGUUAAUUGUGUGAAUAAAGAGCGUGGGAAAGACUGAGCAACUCUGGAACUAUAAAUGGUGCGUAGGAAGGGGAAAUUUAACUCUUUCUGUUCCUGCUUAUGCUAUCAACACAAAGUACUUCUCUGAAUCAGGUGCUUUCCUUUCAAGGAAGCCUUGGUUGGUACUAAUGGGGCUUUGCUUUGAAUCUAGAUAGCACUUUGGAGAUGUGACUUCUUAGGACAUUAACAACAGAGUUAAAUUCUCACUUGUUCCCACCCUGCCUGCUUAGACUUUCCUGCAACUGCUCUUUAUGUAAGAAAUGUCAUGCAUAUUAAUUCUGUUCACUCAGUUAAAAUCACUUUAUUUGGCCUUAUUUUUCUCCUCUGGAGAAAUUGGAACUAUAAAAACUCAUCUGAGAAGUCCUGUUAGCAGAAGACAGAUCAAGAUAUCUGUUACUGAAGCGUUCCUUGUGUUCUGUGAUGCUGUUCGUACUGCACUCAUCCACUUGAGUGAAUGUAAGCCUGGAAAUGGUUUCAGGUUCAUUGACAUUGCUGUAAUGAAACAAAUGUGGUAUAGAAAUAGGAAAAAUACAGAAUAACAAAUACAAUUAUUUUAAUAAUGAUAUUAAUAGCAUAGGAAAUCUUGUCAGGAAAAUGGUUUGUCCAACAAUAACGCACAAUGUUCAAGCAAGGUAGUUGUGGGAAGAAAAAUGUUACUCUUGUCCAAGUUGUAAAACUAUUUUUUUAAUUAAAUAAAACUAUGUCACUAUAA